AUGUCUCAACCCUCCGCCUCAACAACAAGAAAAAUUUCAAGUGAGAGCUCCGUGGAUAUCAUCAUUGAUGUUGAUCCCUUUGCCAUCGCUCAACCACCUAAUCCUAUCAAAAGGAAUGCUCGAACACCUGCUACAAAAAGGGCUAGACCGUUUAAUGUAAGUGCUUCCUCUACCCUCUAUGUGUCAGGUAGGAAGACAAAAGCCUCUGUUGUGGUUAAGAAACCUCACUCUAUUUCUAGUUUGUAUCUUGAUCCUAUUAAUACUUCCAAUGUUGAAACUGAUAUUGCUACAUCUGCUAAAAGCUCUGUGGAUCCUAAUGUCGUGAGUAAUAUUGAAAAUAUUGAAAAAUAUGCCUCUGAAAUUGUUAGUCUAGACAACCCUAGAACUAAUAAGUCCUUAAGUCAAUCUAGCAUGAAUGCUACUAAUAAAGACUCUGUUGAUAAAAGUAUUUAUGUGUUAGUGUUUAAUAUUUUGGGAAUUACUGUCGAGUCUAAUGUUGUGUCGGAUGUCACAACAUUCUUGGCCCAACCUGAUCAUCCUGCUGAAACCACUCAAGAGAACGCUCAUGAAUACGAAAGGAAAGGAUUUGUGUCUGAAAGGAAGGUUUUUAAGUCUGCCAAGAAAAGUUCUGGUGUUGGACCUGCAAAAAGGUGGAGUAAAGUUAUGACUCCUACAACCAAGAAAAGGUCCUUGAAAAGGAAGGAGGUACCCUAUAGUGAUUCUGAGUAUGAUGUCGAACCUGAUGUUCAGGACAUCAUGACUUCAGCCAAAUUGAAAAAUGUUGGGAAAAAGAUCCCUGCAAAUGUGACUGAAGUCCCCAUUGAAAACAUUUCCUUUAACCCUGUUAAGAAUAUUGAGAAGUGGAAAUAUGUGUUUCACAGGAGACUUUCUUUGGAAAGAGAAUUGGGUAAUGAUACUCUGGAAUGCAAGGAAGUGGUUGAUCUUAUUAAGGAAGUUGGAUUAAUGAAAAGUGUUGUUGGGUCUGGUAAGUGCUAUGAGAUGCUUGUAAAAGAUUUCAUUGUGAACCUUUGUGUGGAUUGUGAUAACAAUAGGAGUAAAGAAUUCAGGAAGGUGUAUGUGAGAGGAAAGUGUGUGGAUUUUUCUCCAAUCAUCAUUAACGGGUUCAUGGGCAGAAGUGAAGAAGAACAAGCUGAAGUGGAGGUAUCUGAUAUUGUCAUUUGCAAGGAAAUCACAUCAAAAUAG